AUGCUUUCGACGUUCCUCUUGCUCUCUUCCCUCUGUCUCUUGAUCAUCUGGAGGUUCAGGAAGAUCAGGCGCUUCCCUUCGCCGCCAGGCCCCAAAGGGUGGCCUCUCAUCGGAAAUGCGUUCGACUUUCCUACCUCCAACCCGUGGGAGGUCUACUGCAGCUGGGCAAAGCAAUAUAACAGUGAUAUCCUAUACGGAAGUGCCCUCGGAACUCACAUCCUCGUCCUCAACAAUCGAAGCGACGCUGAAGAGCUCUUGGAGAGAAGGUCGCAUAACUAUUCCGGCCGGCCAUCCAUCCCAAUGGUCCACCUAAUGGGUUGGGACUAUAACAUCGGUCUUAUGGACUACGGGCCGCAGUGGCGCUUCCAUAGGAAAAUCUGUCAGCAAACCUUCCGUCAGGAAGCCGCCGUGUGUUAUUACCCCACGCAGGCCCGGAAGGUUCAUGAGAUAUUAGGGAAUUUGCUUCUAGCGCCUGAGAAAUUGAGGCUCACUGCAAGAUGCACUUUCAGGCUCUCGGUGGCCAUCCCGAUGGCGACCAUGUACGGCUACGACGUCAAGUCGUUCGAGGACGAAUUUAUCGACGUCGCAGAGAAAGGACAACACCUAGGAAAUAGGCUUCUCGUACCCGGCGCGACGCUCUUGAACAUAAUCCCCAUUCUCUGCCGCCUUCCGCCGAUCGCAGGCGCUGCGAGGCUGGCAGCCUACGUUAGACAGCUGACGGAGGAUAUGCAAAGGCUUCCCAUGGAGUUCGCAAAAAAUGCGAUGGCUGCAGGAGAUGCUAAACCGUCUUUAGUUACUUCCUUCCUCGAGAAGAAGGCUGCUGGACCCACACGAGAACUCGAGGAGGAAGAGCAGGCAAUUUCGAAGAUAGCGGCUACGGUAUACAGCGCUGCAGCCGACACGGUGGGCCCCUCCGAGCUAUGGCGUAUUCGGAUUCAGUCGAUUGACGAACAAUUUGCUUCAUAA